AUGAAGACAUCAUUCUUGUCUGCCAUUGUGGCACUGACAGGCGCUGCCACUGUUUCCGCGGCCGACUCCCUAUUCCGUUACGCUGGAAGACUUGUUCCUCCCGUUGAGGAGUCUGAACAUGCAGAUGUUUUCCCCAAAAAGAUGGUUUCGCAGGUGAAUGCAACUGGCUCGGCGUUCUUUAACCAGCUACUGGACCAUAAAGAUCCAAGCAAGGGAACCUUUCCGCAAAAGUUCUGGUGGAAUUCGGAGUAUUGGGAGGGUCCAGGGUCACCUGUGGUUCUCUUCACACCGGGUGAGAUUUCUGCGGCAAACUACGGUAGUUAUUUAACCAAUGUUACCAUUACUGGCCUCUACGCACAGGAAAUCAAGGGAGCAGUUGUCAUGGUAGAGCAUCGUUUCUGGGGAUCAUCUUCGCCCUAUGCGGAACUUACUGCCGAGACCCUGCAAUUAUUGACAUUAGAUCAAGCUAUUGCCGACUUCACUUACUUUGCAAAAACCGUGGCACUUCCCUUUGAUGCGAAUCACUCGAGCAAUGCGGAUAAGGCACCUUGGGUGUUUUCUGGCGGAAGUUAUUCUGGCGCUUUAGCGGCUUGGACUGAGUCUACUGCACCGGGCACUUUCUGGGCAUACCACGCAUCCAGUGCGCCUGUUGAAGCUAUCUUCGAUUACUGGCAAUAUUUUGUCCCCAUCCAGGAAGGUAUGCCCAAAAAUUGCAGCAAGGACGUUUCGGCCGUCAUUGAUUACAUGGACAACGUAUGGGCUCAUGGUACCGAUGCCGAGAAGUUGGCAUUGAAGACCAAAUUUGGUCUCGAAUCACUUGAACACAAUGACGAUGUCAUGGCUGCUCUCGAGAACGGACCCUGGUUGUGGCAAUCAAACAGCUUCUAUACUAAUUACUCUGCUUUCUAUCAGUUCUGUGACAAGAUCGAGAAUGUUACUGCUGGAGCUGCUGUGACUCCUGAUGAAAAUGGCGUGGGUUACGAACUUGCUCUCGAAGGAUAUGCUGUUUGGAUUAAGGAAAGCUUCCUUCCAGGAUACUGCGCAGAUCUAUUUGGUUACCCCAAUGAUGAUGAUCUCGGCUGUUUAGAUACAUACGAUCCCAAUAACAAGAUAUACACUGACAGAACUGUCGGAAACGGUGUUGAUUUGCAAUGGAAUUGGAUGCUUUGUAACGAGCCAUUUGCAUACUGGCAAGAUGGCGCACCCCCUGGCACAGCAUCCAUUGUCUCUAGACUAGUUACUGGUCAAUACUGGCAACGACAAUGCGAGCUGUUUUUCCCGACUGUGAACGGAUACACUUACGGUAGCAACAUCUCUGCUGAUAACAAUGUUCACCAGGUCAACAAGCAUACUCAAGGAUGGAGAUUGGAGGAUACUACACGUCUGAUUUGGACCAAUGGAGAGUUUGAUCCGUGGAGAACAUCCGGCAUUUCAUCAGAGUUUCGUCCUGGCGGACCACUUGCAUCUACUGAGCAACACCCUGUUCAGGUUAUUCCAUCAGGUAUCCAUUGUUCAGAUUUGAGGUUAAAGAACGGAGCGGUCAACGCUGGUGUACAGCAGGUCAUUGAUAAUGAAGUAGCACAGAUCGUGAAGUGGGUUGGGGAAUACCCAAAGAAAUACUAG